AUGGGUCAGACGCUCUCCGAGCCCGUCGUCGACAAGAAAUCCGAAAAUGGCGAUGGCGAGUCACUCAUCUACGGCGUCUCCUCGAUGCAGGGCUGGCGCAUCAGCAUGGAGGACGCGCACGCCGCCGUGCUAGACUUCAAUGCCGAGGACGGCAAGCCCACGUCGGGCGACAAGCGACUGGCCUUUUUCGGCGUAUAUGACGGGCACGGCGGUGACAAGGUGGCGUUGUAUGCUGGUGAGCAGCUGCACAAGAUUGUCGCAAAGCAAGAGGCAUUCAAGGAGGGAGACAUCAAGAAGGCUCUGCAGGACGGCUUCCUGGCAACAGACCGCGAGAUACUGUGCGACCCCAAGUACGAAGAGGAAGUUUCUGGCUGCACCGCCUCGGUCGGUGUGCUGUCAAAAGACAAAAUCUACGUUGCCAACGCGGGUGAUUCGCGCACUGUUCUCGGAGUCAAGGGCAGGGCAAAGCCGCUCUCAUUCGACCACAAGCCACAGAACGAGGCCGAAAAAGCACGCAUUCAAGCCGCAGGUGGCUUUGUCGACUUUGGCCGUGUCAACGGUAACCUUGCCCUGUCGCGCGCAAUAGGCGAUUUCGAAUUCAAGAAGAGCGCCGAUCUCCCUCCCGAGCAGCAAAUAGUGACGGCCUAUCCUGAUGUGGAGAUACACGACAUCAACCCGGACGACGAGUUUCUGAUUGUUGCCUGUGACGGUAUCUGGGACUGCCAGUCUUCUCAGGCCGUUGUAGAAUUCGUUAGGCGCGGGAUUGUCGCGAAGCAGGACCUGGCAUCCAUUUGCGAGAAUAUGAUGGACAACUGUCUGGCUUCGAACAGCGACACGGGAGGUGUUGGCUGCGACAACAUGACAAUGAUUAUUGUUGGUCUCCUGCAGGGAAGGACAAAGGAGCAGUGGUACGAGGAUAUCGCAAAGCGGGUUGCGAAUGGAGAGGGUCUAUCCGAGUUCCGCGGUCCCGGUGUUCACCAUCGCAUUGACGACUCUCCUGAUGACAUCGACAUGGAUCUCGACAGCCGAUUCCGACCAGGUAACAGCAACGGCGGCCGUAUUAUUCUUCUUGGCGAUGGUACCGAAGUCUCGACGGGAGACAAUGAGGCCGAAAUGUUUGACCACGAGGAUGAGGACAAGGACCUGGAUUCGCAAGUCAACAAGUACAACCAGGCGGCCGACAGCAAGUCGCGUCAGGAUCGUCAAGGCACACCGGGCCCCCAGCACGAGAGCAAAGUCCAAGUAACCGAGUCGCCAUCCUCGGUGCAGACUGACCGGUCUGACGCUCCCGAGCCACAAUCAAAAGAGGCUCAAGCUAAUCAGCAACCUGACGCUGGCGCGGCCCAGGCAAGCAAGAAAUAG